AACAACGGCAACAGCUUGGAUUUUUGCCUUUAAUAUAUUUUUAACAUUUUUUUGGCGUCGUCUAGAAGAAAUUGGAUAAUUUGUGCAUUCCUUGAGGUAGUACAAUUUUAAAUGAUGCCAACAACAACGACUGCAACAACACAGAAGUGGAUAGUAUGCCGAGUGUGCUUGCAGCAACCAAAAGAAGCGAUGGGCAGCAUUUUCAAUGACGACGCAUCGAAAGAUUUGACGAACAUGAUACUAGAAUGCGGCGGCGUACCCAUAAAGAAAUUCGAUCACUAUCCGGACAAGAUAUGCGAAAAAUGUUUAAAGAAUUUACACAUUGCAUACAAGUUUCGUCGAGUUUGCCAGCGCUCAUACAAACAUCUAAGGCAAUUCAUAGCCCCUGUUGUAGUGGAACAGUCGGUCGAAGAAGAUGAUAAUGGGCUCAGUGCUAGCCAUGAGCCCUCGGGUAUAGAGUUGAAUGAGGGACAGGUGCUGGCAGGCAAUGAAGAGACCAACGAUGAACACGUGGAGGUCAAGGAAAGGCUGGUUCAUGUAAAAAGCGAACAGGUGGAGGAGGAUGGCAUUAUAGAGGAGCUGUAUGAUGUAUAUGAGGCAUACGACGGUGAUUUAGUCACCGAACAACCGGCCUACGAGGAAGGUAAUGCUGAAGAAGGUGAUGAGGAUAUUGGCACACAGUCUAUAUCUGGUCUGUCGGCCGAUAUAGAGUAUCUUGAGCAGCUGGAUCAGGAUCAGGAUCAGUUAACAGAAAGCGCACACGAGGAUGAAAUAGAGGUUCAAAAUUCGUCUGACGAGGAAUUUCUGCCAGUAAAAUCGCGUACGAUGUCGACACGCUCCGGUAUCAAACGACGUGCAAACCAGCGAAAAGCCGCCACAAGCAAAACGGCUUUAGGGAAUAUAAAACGUGAGAAAUGUAGCGUGACCACAACCAACAUCAUAUUGAAUCCCGACGAGAGCAUAACCUUUGGGGAAACAAUUGUGCGCAAGACAGCAGGCAUUAAGACCAAAGGGGGACACAAGAUUCUCGUGGGCGAUAAGAAGGAAUUUAAAUACAUAUGCGAUAUUUGUGGAAAUAUGUAUCCAUCGCAGAGUCGCCUCACCGAGCACAUCAAGGUGCAUUCUGGCGUUAAGCCACACGAAUGCGAAAUCUGCGGUCAUUGCUUUGCACAGGCUCAGCAGCUAGCACGACACAUGAACACGCACACAGGCAAUCGGCCCUACAAGUGCACCUAUUGCCCGGCCGCCUUUGCGGAUCUCUCUACACGUAACAAGCAUCAUCGCAUACACACAAACGAGCGUCCAUAUGAGUGUGAUGUGUGCCACAAGACAUUCACUUACACGAAUACGCUGAAAUUCCAUAAGAUGAUUCACACGGGCGAAAAGCCGCAUGUCUGCGAGAUUUGUGGCAAAGGCUUUCCCCAGGCUUAUAAAUUGCGCAAUCAUAGAAUAACGCACGACCGAAGGGGUGGCGGCGUCAAUGCCAAUGUGGAUGAACUGUAUCCCAUAUAUACGGGGGCCAAGACUGGCUUGGAGCUGUAAACGCUAACUAACACAUAUUAAUCAUAUAGAUAUAUGUAUAUAGGUAUGUGUAUAAAAUUAUAACAAAUUGUUAUAUAUAAAUGCAUAUAUAUAUAUAUGAAUUACAAUACGUAAUUGAUUAUACAACUUUAAACUGUAACAAGUACUUGGAAAUAAUUUACGAACGCUGCUUAAUUGUGAAGAUUGCGUCUAGCCUAAGAUUUAGUCUAAUUAUGCGGAAAUAAAUUAAGUAUUGCUGCACA